AGUACGCGUGAAGCCGGCGGAGCGGUCGGCCGGCUGUGUACAGAGUGUGGUGGUGCUGUUGUGUUUUAGUGGCUGAUGAUUAAGUGACUUGGAAUCAUGGUGCUAACUACCGGAGCGAGUAGAGCUCAGCCCCCGGGGCCAGUGUCGGCGGGUUGGUUCGCGUCACUCCGGAGGAAUCGUAAACAGCACAGGACCGCUUCGGUCUCAUCGUCGUCUUCUGCUACCUCAGCGCAUGGGAGGCUGCUUGCUCGGUCAGCGUGGGACCUAUCAGCAUCGUGCUUGCAACUGAAGGAUGCCUUGGGUGAGGUUGUUGCAGAGAUGGAAAACAUGGAUACUGCUGAUGAGAGUAAAAACAACACUAAAGCAAAGCAGAUGUCCAUUGGCCGCAAAAAGUUUAAUAUGGACCCUAAAAAGGGCAUUGAGUACCUGAUUGAACAUGGCUUGCUUCGAAGCACGCCAGAAGAUGUUGCCCAAUUUUUGUACAAAGGUGAAGGUUUAAAUAAGACAGCAAUUGGAGAUUACUUAGGUGAACGUGCAGAUUUCAAUGAACAAGUGCUGAGGGCCUUCGUGGAACUACAUGACUUCACUGACUUAAUACUGGUCCAGGCACUCAGGCAAUUCUUGUGGAGCUUCAGGUUGCCAGGAGAAGCUCAGAAAAUAGAUCGGAUGAUGGAAUGUUUUGCACAGCGAUAUUGUCAACUGAAUCCUAACAUUUUCACAAAUACAGAUACGUGCUAUGUAUUGUCAUUUGCCAUUAUUAUGCUCAAUACUAGUUUACAUAAUCCAAGUGUGAAGGAAAAACCUACAGUUGAACAGUUCAUUUCCAUGAAUAGAGGUAUAAACAAUGGUGGUGAUCUGCCUCAGGAAUUGCUCAUGAGCCUUUAUGAGAGUAUAAAGACUGAACCAUUCAAAAUCCCAGAGGAUGAUGGGAAUGACUUGAUGCAUACCUUUUUCAAUCCAGAUAAAGAGGGUUGGCUAUGGAAGCAAGGUGGCCGAUACAAAAGCUGGAAGCGACGUUGGUUCAUACUAAAUGACAACUGUCUGUACUAUUUUGAGUACACAACUGACAAAGAACCUCGUGGUAUUAUUCCUCUUGAAAAUAUUCAAGUUCGUGAAGUGACAGAUCGCCAUAAGCAUCAUUGUUUUGAACUGUAUGCUAGUGGUUCUGAUUUCAUCAAGGCAUGUAAGACAGACAGUGAAGGAAAAGUUGUUGAAGGCAAACACACUGUAUAUAGAAUGUCAGCUGCCACACCCGAGGAGAAGGACGAGUGGAUCAAAUGUGUAAGGAGAGCCACACUGACUUUUCAUCCUUGGGAGAAGCAGCUGUCUCAGCCAAACCAAGAGCUGUCAUUGGAACCUCGUGUUACGGCCGCAAAGCUUAUCAAGCACCAAUGGAAGGCCAUGAAGAAAAGCAUCAGCCACAAUACAUGAAGUGGCGGCCAGCAGUGAGUCACGAGUGUUUGUUUCUGCUAUAGGCAAAGCAUCAGCCAUAAUCCGUUCUACGAUAUGUUGGCAACUCGCAAGAAGAAAGCGCAGAAGACAAGUGCUCACCACCACUUGAAGAGCUAAGACAUUUAUAGUGUAACAUAUAUUAUGGUAUUACUCUAGAGCUGUCGCAGCUCCAAGUGUGUUACAGCACUGCACCAUACUGGUGCAAGCUGUACAUUAUGUAUAGGGCUUGUACUGGAGGUGCAGUUUGAAACACAGCAUACAACCAAAGAAAUGUGAUUUAAAGUGCACUUGACUGUGGUAUCUUCUGAGCAGCUCUAUCCUAAUUUCUUUUGCUUUUUCUCUCCUUAAUAAUCCAUCUAGGAUUUUCACCCAAGGAAAUGGCAGCCUUGAACUAAUGUUCAAGAAGAGUGGUAAUGUUAAAUACUGAAUGUACUGUUUAAAUAUGUUUUCCCAAAAAAUGGUCAUAGCAUGACUGAAUGAUAAAUUGUAUUUUUUAUAUAGUUGUUAAAGCUUCAACUGUUCAAACAUUGCAGCAGCUUAAGAUAGAAAACUGCAAGGGUGAGAGAAAUAAACAAUGCAGUGAAUGUGCUAUACCAGUCAUUGUUUGUAAUAUUUGAAAAUUUGUUAUGAUUUGAGAGCUCUGAAAUGCUGGACAAUAUUACAAAACCAUUUUAUGGCACUGGAAGUACUAAUGGUCAAAGUGGCUGGUGCUAAGAAUCUCAGCAGAAGGAAGACUCGUGCAUUCGACAUACUCAAAUAAGUUUGUAUUUUGUCCUGUGCUGCAUGAAAGUGUGAUAUAUGUCUAUGUAUUAUGUGCUUUCCAUAUCUUGAAUGGUUCCAACUGAAAUUUCUCUCAGUAAACCAAAGAAACUGUCAUCUGACCAAUAUUUGAGACAGUGAAAGCUGGAAGUAUUUUAUAGAAUGGGAGAACUUCAGUUAUUUUUGCAUCAGUCUCUCUUCGUAAAUGUGAUUUUUUUAUAAAAGUGUUUGUAAAUGGUAUUGCUACUUCAUUUUGUGUUACUAUAGACAGUUUCAAAUGGUAUGUAAUUUAUAAUGUUCACUCAUCUCAUUGUAAUUCACCAUUUUUAUAAAAAAAGUUAGAUUUUUAUACUAGAAGUGUGCUGGGAUGUUGUAACCAGGAUGGAGUAAUGUGUAUGGAAAUAACGAAGUAUUAAUAUUGCAGUGUGUGUGACUUUAUUUUUGUACAUUAUGUUUAUUUCUUUGAUAUAUUUAUGAUACAGUUGCUUUUGUCAGUUCCCUCAUGUUGACCAGAAUUAUUUUUAUUUGUAAUAUAUUGUGUAUAUGUAUUUAAGGAUUUGUACAAGUAGUUAAUGCAGUUAUGUUCAUUAUUUAUCUGUUAAAAUAAAGUUUGACCUGAUUUGACUGGAAAUUAUGUAAAUACUUUUUCACAGCCACUGUGAAAUUC